GUCAGCCCAGCAGAGCAGGUCUACUGUCAGUGCAGCAGCACAUCUCUGUAGUCAGGACCGGAGUGUCGAUCACUGUGGAGGAGAAACAUGAAGCGAAGCCACAAUUACAGCUCAUCGGAGAGCGACCUGGACGACAAUGUUGAGGUGGAGAAGGACAGUGGAGACGAAAAUGGUCAACUCGAUUCCCACGGCUCGAUGUCACCCUCCACCACCACCCAGGUUCAAGCCAGAAAAAGGCGCAGAGGGAUAAUUGAGAAACGGAGACGUGACCGGAUCAAUAAUAGUCUGUCGGAGUUGAGAAGAUUGGUGCCGAGUGCUUUUGAGAAACAGGGAUCAGCUAAAUUGGAAAAAGCAGAAAUUUUGCAAAUGACUGUGGACCAUUUGAAGAUGCUUCAUGCCUCCGGUGGCAAAGGUUAUUUUGAGGCUCAUGCUCUUGCUAAGGAUUACCGCAGCCUGGGAUUCAGAGAGUGCCUGGCAGAGACAGCUCGCUUCCUGAGCAUCGUAGAGGGUCGGGAGAGCACAGACCCCCUCCGUAUACGUUUGGUGUCCCACCUCAGCAACUACGCCUCCCAGAGGGAGGUGCACGCCGGACUGGAACACUUAGCCUGGGGCUCUGCCUACGGGACGGCGCCUGCCCAUCUCGCCCACCCCCUCCUCCUGCAGCACCCCCAGGGCAGGACACCUGCAUCCAGAAGCAACAGUAGCCCACCCUCAUCCUCCUCCUCUUCCUCCACGUCUUCCUCUUCCUCCACUGAGGCAUCUGGGACAUCCAGACUCAGUGGCAUGCCCCCCGCAGAGUCCCUCAGGGUGCCUCCCAGCAGCUCGUUGCCCCUCAGUCUGCCUCUGCCAACAUCCAAGCUAUCACCACCGCUCCUUUCAUCCCUCUCCUCGUUGUCGGCCUUCCCCCUCUCCUUCGGCGCCUUCCCUCUGGUCUCCCCGUCGGCCCUCAGCACGGUGAGCCCCUCCUCCACCCUGUCAAAGCCUUACAGGCCCUGGGGCACGGAGAUUGGGGCCUUCUGAAGCUAACAACUGGACUGAAGGCAACAGCUGAGCUGUGCCCGCCACCACAGACGGGGCAGGACGACCUGCCUCAUCUGUUUUUAUCGCAAUAAACACAGGGGAACAAAGCAAACUGAUUUUAUUUUUAAGUAUAAAGAAUGAGUGGGAGAGGUUCUUAAAGGCUUACCUCUCAGUAUGGCAUUACUCUCAUAAAGAAAAGGAAUUCUAAAUGACUUAAUGUUAUCUGUUGAAAAUGAUGACUAAUUUAGUUUACAUGCACUGUCUCCAGAAUGAUGUGCGGGCCAUGAAUAGAUUUACUGUAAGUACAAAUGUAGAGGUAAGAUUAUGUAGGCCACAUAGUGAAACUUCUACAUUUGUCCAGCAUGGAUGUCUGUAUUUAACAUAAUGUAGGGUCUGCUCCUUUAGUGGCAUCAGAACUUGUGGAGAUGCAUCUUACAUGUGCUGUUGUUGGAAAACUAACCACUGGAGAAUCAGAAACUUGCAUUGUUGUAUCUAUUUGUAAUAUUUUUGUACCAAUAAAUUGAGUUAAAAGUAUCAAAUAUAAACCCAA